AGAAGAUGAUUGAUGUGGAUCGAGUGGAUGGGAUCGAUUGGGUGCUGGGUGGUGACAAGUGGACUGACAAUUAGUACUCAACAGGUCUACGAGGUUCUCAAGCCCGAGGAGAAGUUUGUCUACGACAACGAGGGCGACUUCAACUCUGCCUACUUUUUCUCGUCGUCGCUCGAGAGCAACGAUAUCAUCGGCAUUGAGAUGUAUGUCCUCCUACAAGUUCUUCAAUCACACUGCGGUGCUAACAGCCAUCAUCCAGCUACGACACCAAAGACGACCUCCUCAACAAGCACAUGAAGUCUCCCGGCUUUGAAGUCUUCGCCGCCGGCGCGACCCCCCUCUUCGCCAAGCCGUUCGACCUCGCAGACUACGAGCCCGCCAACAUCGGCUUCCUCACGCGUCCCGGCGUCGGCCGCGAGUUCAUCAAGGACUCGAUCGUGCUCUCGGUCGAGUUCGAGCUCAAGCCCGGCACGCGCGAUCGCUUCUUGGCUGAUGCGGAGGUGUUGGCGGCGGAUGUGCUUGCUAACGAGCCGAACUGCCUUAGCUACUACUACAUGAAGUCGCUUGAUAACCCGGACAAGGUCGGCAUCUUUGAGAGAUACAAAACCCGCCACGACAUUGACGUCGUGCACCGCGGCGCGGAGGUGUUUAAGAAGAUCUUUGGCGGGUUCGAGAAGGACGGUAUUCUCGUCAAGCGAUCGAUUAUCGAGUGCACCGACUCUGGCGUUGGCUUCUUGGAGCGUGCUUAGAUGUGCUCUUUGCUUGAUGUUUGAUGUUGCUGAUAGCAUAGCAGAGGCAGAGAUGCUUAGAUAAUAUGAAUAAGAGAAGAGUAUUAUGAAUUGAUGUAGAUGUAGAUGCACAUAGUCUACAGUCUAG